GGGAGCUUCACAGUGUCAUCUAUGAAUGAACCUCUCGCGAAAGCUCUUUCCUUGUCUAUUGCUUCACGAGUGAGGAACAAGCCGCCGUCUUUGAAUCGAGAGCUGCUCUCCGAUGGCGGAAUCGGUGCCGGAGAAAGUCCCAAGCUUGGCCGAGCAAUGGUCAUUGCAGGAUAAGGAAGUGCAGCCCGAUCAGAGUGACAAGCCUGUUGAAACAACUGUGGAUGAAAAGCCUGAUGAUACCAAAACCGAGGAAGUUGCUAAGGAGACAACCGAGGUAACCUCUGCUCCAGUGGAAAAUGCUCCCGUUGCGGAGGAACCAACAGAGCCUGUCCCAGAGGCGCCUACCUCAGAGGAGCCUACUGAUACUUCUGAGAAAGAAACAGAAGAUCAAGGAAAUGCUGAAGAGGAGACACCAGCGAUAAAGCUUGAGACUGCACCAGCUGAUUUUCGUUUCCCAACAACAAAUCAAACAAGGCAUUGCUUUACGCGCUAUAUUGAAUAUCACAGGUGUGUUGCUGCAAAAGGAGAUGAUGCGCAAGAGUGCGAAAAGUUUGCAAAAUAUUAUCGCUCACUUUGCCCUAGUGAAUGGAUUGAGCGAUGGAAUGAACAGAGAGAGAAUGGAACUUUUCCUGGUCCUCUGUAGAUGAACAUCACAAGGCGGACACUAGCAAUGUCCUGGAAAAUUUUUACCAGGUUUUUGGCAAACUGGAAUGAACAUUCACAUCUUGAGAAACUUCUGAAGCUCUUAUUCCUAAUAACAUCUCAAAUAAAUUUUUUUGGCUUGUUGUAAGCCAAGAUUAUAAUACUACGCUCAUUUUUCAAUCCUUGUUUCAGACCUCAUCAUUUUUACCAUUUUUAAGUUAAAUUCCUUUUGAAAUA